CUACAUGUGGGCUACAACAGUUUAUCACUAACUAUUGUAUUGCAUUUUAUGUAAUCUAUGAGUACAUCUAAAAUCGUGAUAGGUAGUAAUAGUCACUAGUCAGACGACUGGUAGCUGUUAAUAAUAAUAAAUAAUAGUAACAAAAAUAUAAAUAUUAUUAGUUUAUUGUUGUCAAGUUUAAAAGUGGAGCAUUGACUCAAUAUAGCUUUAGUGGUCAGUGAGCAUUUAUUAUAUUAACUUACCAUAAGUAAUAAGUAUUAUAACUAUUACAUACAUACUAUACCCAAAACUCUAAAGUGUAAAUUCUAAUAUUCAAUCUACUGCGAGUGCUGUCACAGGACACAGUGUCACGUAUACUUAUAUUGUGAUUUGCAAUUAAACAAUGCAUAAUAAUAAUUUAUUUGUGAAUGCAUUUGUUAUUUGUUCUAUUCUUUUAUUCUCUGUACCACAAUCGUUCAACCAAAAUGUGGGGCCACUUGUAAAAAUGACCAAUGGCGAAGUGUGGCCGAAACCAGUGCUUCAACGCAGCUACGAUGAAUACUUAACAUUUGAACCAGAAAAUUUUCAUUUUAAUAUUACGGGUUAUAGUUGUGACGACCUCCAAGAUGCAUUUAAAAGGUAUAAUUCUAUGCUAUUUUUAAAAGCUACGAAAACUUUUAAGCAACAUAUUAGUUUAUCUACGAAAUUUAUCAUCGAUGAAAUCGAAAUAAGUAAUGCCGGUGGACAUUUAUUUGCAUCGUCUAUUUGGGGUAUUCUUAGAGGUUUAGAAACUUUUUCUCAGUUGGUUUAUUUGGAAACCGAUGGUUCGACGUUUGUUAUUCGGUGUACGUCAAUAGUAGACUACCCGAAAUUCAGGCAUCGAGGAUUUCUAUUAGAUACGUCUCGCCAUUAUUAUCCAAUAGAAUCAAUUACGAAAACAUUAGACGCCAUGUCGUAUUCGAAAAUGAACGUGUUCCACUGGCACAUGGUAGACGACAACAGCUUCCCGUAUCAGAGCAGCGCUUUUCCAAAUCUGAGUGAAAGAGGUGCUUUUGGAAAAUCAGCUAUUUAUACGAAAAACGACGUCAAAUACGUGAUCGAAUACGCAAGACUUCGAGGCAUUCGUGUUAUCCCAGAAAUCGACACCCCGGGACAUUCAUUAUCUUGGCGACUCGGUGGCAUUCCGGGACUAUUAGCUCAGUGUUCGGAUUCCGACCCAAAUCAUUUUGGGCCUAUCGACCCCACGAUCGAGGAAAAUUACAAUUUUAUCAAUACGCUAUUGGCCGAAGUCAAUGAAUUAUUCCUAGACAAUUAUUUACACCUCGGUGGUGACGAAGUAAAUACAACGUGUUGGACCACGAACAAAAGGAUACAAACGUUUAUGCAUCGCAAUAACAUAAAGAACGUCACCGAAUUAAAAAACUACUACUUCACACACAUAUUCAACAUGACGCGAAAUUUAAAAGCCUUGCCCAUCGUGUGGGAAGAAAUAUUUGACGAGAAAAUCAAUCUAGAUUCCAAUGUCGUGGUACAUGUGUGGAAGGGCGGUUACAAUUAUUCGAUCGUGUCGGAGAUAAUGAAAAGCGGACAUCCGGUGCUGUUUUCCAGUUGCUGGUACAUGAACUACAUCAAAUACGGAACGGACUGGCCGAACUUCUACAGGUGUGACCCGACCGCUGUGGCCGGAAAUAACCGUUUGUUUUUGGGCGGUGAGGCCUGUAUGUGGGGCGAGUUCGCCGACGAAGCGAACUUAUUGCCAACCUCGUGGCCCAGAACCUGCGCAGUGGCCGAAGUGCUCUGGUCUCAUCGGCUCAACGAGACUGAAGCCAAGUACAGGAUCGAGGAACACGUUUGCAGGAUGAGGCGGAGAGGAAUACCAGCUCAGCCUGCCAAUGGACCCAGCUAUUGUCAUUACUAGAACACCCGUAUAUCAUUGAUAUUUAUUGGGUAUAGGAUUAUAUAAUAUAAUGAAAUAACUUGAGAAAACCAUAGAAUUUAUACUAUGUAUAUAAAGUAUAUGUAAUUUAUACUAAUGUACACGGGGAAAACAUAUGUAUUGGUCAAAAUAUAUUACUAUAUUUUAAAAGGUAGGUAGUUGGAUUUUUACUCCAUUCAGAUUUGUAAAAAA